CUUUCAUCUCUCUUUCUUAUCUCAUCUCCCUCUCUAUUCUCUCCUCUCACCUUGCGCCGGCUGCCGCCCUCCCCUCACGCGCCUCUCUAGCUUGCCAAGCUGGCGGCGCUAGCUCGCGGCGAAGCUCGAGCGGUACAGGCUCGCGGCCGCUGCCUCGUGCCCCUCGCGCCGAGCCAACCUCCUGCGCUGCAUGCUGCCCAGAUUCGCACCGUUCCCACUCCUCGCGUGCAUGUGCCUUGCCGAUUGCACCUGCCCCUGCACUGCUUCUGCUCUGCUUGCGCGCUGUUGCGCCAUGAGCAGAGCAGCCUGGACCGUGCACGCGCCACCAUCGCACGUCCUACUCGUGCCACCGCACGCGCUCGUGAGGCCGCGCCACCGCCUCUGGCCCCAUCCAUAGGCGUGCGCGCCGCGUCGUUUGUCCCCCUCCGUGCGCCUGCGUCUCCUCCGCCGCGGGCCAGCACCGCUCGACCUCCGCUGCAGGCUAGCGUCGCCGGCCUAGCGAGUUGGAGAGGCGCGCGGGGGGAGGGUGGCGACGGCACAAGGUGAGAGGGAGAGGGAUAGGAUAGGAGAUAAGAGAGAAGGGGGAGGAGAGAAGAAAGAGAGAGGUGAUAUGAGAGCUGAUAGGUAGAUCCCACUGCGAUGUGAGGUUCAUAUCAAUAAAAUCACUAUGAUGGUCAAAUAUGACCAUUUUUAAGAGUUGAGUGGAUAUGGAUAUCUGAUUUUUAGAGUUAUAUUGUCAAAACUGGACGGGGUCGAUUGUUAGACGGCUAAAAAUAGACUUUACUUUUUAUUUAGCGACAGUACGGAGUAGGAAACAAGGGCAACUACUGGGCCGUUGUCGGUCCAAUAUCCAUAUCGGUCUGAAAGUUGCUGACGGCCCAUACUCACAUGUAAAAUCAACUCCAUUUCCAUCACCGGAAGAAAACGGGGGGAAAAAACUCCUCGCCGCGAAAUUGCCCGAUGCCGCCACCGCCGCCGCCUUCCCCAACCGCCGCCGCGCCCACCACGCCGGCGCCCCCAUCCAAACCACCCCUGUGCCCGCGCCAGAUCGCCGCGCUAGUCCUGAACCACCCGUCCUCCACGCUGACCGCCGCGUCGGCGCGGUCGCUCUCGGCGUCCCUCCUCGCCGCCGCGCCCGCACACUCGCUCCCGAUCCCGGCCCCCGUGGCCAACGCCGUCCUCAAGCUCCUGUGGCACCACGCUCCACGCGCCCUGCUCUUCUUCCACGCCCUGCUCCGCCUCCCGCCAGGCACGCGCGAGCUCUCCCCGUGCACUGCCGAUCUCGCGCUCGACCUCGCCGCGCGCCUGCGCCACCCGCGCCAGCUCACGAGCUCCGUCCUCGCGCUCUUCCCGCGCCACGGGCUCGCCUUCACCCCGCGCACGUUCCCGAUCCUGUUCGAGCGGUUUGCGGUGUCGCAGCGCCGCCCCGACCUCGCAGUCCGGCUCUUCCUCUCGCUCCACCGCUCCCACGGCGUCGCGCAGGACCUCCCGCUCUUCAACUCCCUCCUCGACGCCCUCGUGAAGUCGCGGCACGCCGGCAAGGCCGCCUCCCUCGUCCGUGCCCUCGAGCGGCGGUUCCCCCCUGACGCGGUCACGUACAACACCCUCGCCGACGGAUGGUGCCGCGUCAAGGACACCUCCCGUGCGCUCGACAUCCUGCGGCAGAUGGUUGAGUCCGGGAUUGCCCCAACGAAAGCCACAUAUAACAUUAUUCUCAAAGGCUUCUUCCGUUCUGGACAGUUGCAGCAUGCGUGGGACUUCUUCCUCCAGAUGAAGAACAGAUGCAUCACCGACGAGAACUGUAAGCCUGACGUCGUGUCAUACACUACCGUACUGCAUGGGUUGGGUGUAUCCGGGCAGCUGGACAAAGCUCGCAAAGUGUUUGACGAAAUGACUAAAGAAGGAUGCGUACCGUCAACAGCGACUUAUAAUGCUUUAAUUCAGGUAAUCUGUAAGAAGGGCAACGUGGAGGAUGCUGUGUCAGUCUUUGAUGAUAUGAUUGAAAAAGGUUAUGUUCCAAAUGUGGUUACCUACACCGUCUUGAUCCGAGGCCUGUGUCAUGCUAGGAAGAUUGAUCGAGCUAUGAAGCUUUUGGAGAGAAUGAAGAGCCAAGGUUGUGAGCCUAAUGUCCAGACAUAUAAUGUCCUUAUAAGGUAUUCAUUUGAGGAAGGGGAAAUCGAGAAGUCUUUGGGUUUGUUUGAGAGAAUGAGCAAGGGUAUGGAGUGCUUGCCCAACCAAGAUACAUACAAUAUUAUAAUAAGUGCAAUGUUUGUGCGUAAGAGGGCAGAGGACAUGGCAGUGGCUGCGAGGAUGGUGGUGGACAUGGUUGAUAGAGGCUACUUGCCUAGAAGGUUUAUGUUCAAUCGUGUACUGAAUGGAUUAAUGCUGACUGGGAAUCAAGAGCUUUCAAGGGAGCUCUUGAGGAUGCAGGAGAAAUAUGCACGCUUGCGACGAGAAAUAAGAUUGUAAUUGGCGUUUGGUUUCUUGAAUGCUAUAUGCCUUCAAUGUUUUCUUCAUUUUCCACCCUGGGUACAGGCUACUGAAGAUCAGAAUCAAGGUGCAACACUGGAGUACCCAGUCAACUAAUACUCCCUGCUGUCCUAUGAUCCAAAGAUUAUUGAUCUCUCUCAUUUGGAUCUGAGACUUCAUCGUGACUUUGAGGUUCUCUAAAUAGCUUCACAAAAGGUUUAAAGUGCCAAGGUUUAUUCGGUGCUUCGGUGGUGUGUAUGUAGCAAAUGAUGUAGCAAAUGGAUCGCCAGCCAUUCUGGAUUCUGAUGAUUAGUGUGGGUUACCUUGCUGACGAACAUCAAUAAGGUAGGAUCUCCAUAAAGGAUACUUGGACUUACUUUGAUGUUCUCCUCAUAGUUCUCUUUGAUGUUGAGAUUUGUCUUAUGCUAGUGCAAUGGUGGUUUCUGUAGCUA